AUGCUGAACCAAAUGAUUGUAUCAGCACUGGCCAAUCCCUUAUGUGAGAUUCCACUAACAGUUGCACACUUUUUUGAGGAGCAAAAAAAGGCGAUACUUACAACUACACCGAUACCACCAACUACGGCUCCAACAACACCAAAAGUUUUUGUGCUCAAAUUUGGUGAGAGUUUAGGGUCGUUGACAACAACAUCUACCCAAGCACCUGUUGAAAAUGAGAAUGCAUUUUACGAAACUUCUGACGAGGUCCCAGAUGAAGAUUUGGCUGCUAAAUUUGCUGCUGAUUUAUGCGCAGCUGAUAGGAUUGAUGAAAAUGAUGGUGCCACAUUAGAACUGGCUACCCUGCGACCAGUAAGCAAAAGAUCUGUGAAUGAACAGCCAAGAUUCAAUCCCAAAUUGGCUGAAGCUUUAUGGGCUCCUGAUCUGACUCUAAUGUACUCUCCCAACUUUACGGAAAAGAGUGUAAUAUUUGGACUUGAUGGUGGCAUUGUUUUCUUCGGUCAAAAAGCCAAAAAUGUUUCUCGACCAAGGAAUCUGGAUGUCUCUGGUCUUGGUGACAAGAUGUUUGGUCUUAUGAUUAGUGAAUAUGUACCAAAUACGUUCUUGACGCACAUAUACGAAAACGAUUUUGGAAAUUUCCAUGAAGUUUUUAAAACGCAUAACCUUCCAAAGUUUGUGAAGCCUAUUGCUAAAGUACUGUGCCGAACCUGUGAACUUCAUAUGUUUGCAAAUUUGACAAGUAGACCGAAUAUGGUGAUUGAACCGUCUGGCGUCAAGAUGACAAUUGAUGGUGAUGUUACGAUCAAGUUUAUUGGUCGUUGGAAAAGCUACAACCUGAUUUCCGCCGACACUCAAUUGAGCGUUGUGGUGAGGCCAUACGUUCGAUACAGCAGAGUGUAUGGCGAUGUUGGACUUGGAAAACUUGAUAUACAUAUGAAAAACAUGGGAAUUCGGGGUGUGUUUGCAAAUUCACUAAAAAAAGCUCUAAAUGCUGUCAUACCAAAUAAACUUUGGCCAAAGAUUAAAAAACGUCUUCGGUUUGCUUUAAGUCAACGAGGUAUUCGUUUACCGAUAAUGUGCGGUGUAGAACUGGAAAGACCAUCGUUACAGUGUGCUGAUCAUGCAAUAGUUAUCAAUACAGAUUUCAGAUAUGAUUUGCCUCGAUUUGUUCGCAAAUUUCGUGCAUACAUCCGGGCAGAGGUUGAAAAGAAGAAGAAAACAAUUGACAGCUAUGAAGAUGAUUCUGAAUAA